AUGUUUCUUGAGAAUAAAACUCACCGAUCAGACAAUGAAAGUAGUCUUCUUGGUGAUAUCAUUGAUCAUUCUAAAUCAGAUAAAAUUCAAAAGAUUUAUAACUUUAAAAUUGGUAAUAAGAAUCAUAUUAUCUUGAUAUUGAAUAGAAAUAUCAUUCAACUAUAUAAAGAACAACUUGUCAACUAUAAAAUCGAUUCAAAAUCGUUCAAGGUUUAUGAAUUAAUCAAAGAAUGGAAGAAUAGUAAUGGUAUUUCCAAUACCAGUCCAGCAGAUUCAAAUUCUUCUCAAAUGGAUGGGAUUAUAAAAGUAGGAAUCAUCAAUGAUAAAUAUCUUUAUAGUUGCUCUAAAGCUGGUAAGUUAAUCAUUCGAGAUUUAAUCAAUGAUGAUUCAAAAUUCGGUUAUAAAGUAUAUUGGAUUGGACAAGUUUCAUCCAUUUAUGUUAUGUCAAGAAGUUUUCAAGAUAUCAUUAAAAUUAUCAUUGUUAAUAAUCAUAAUGAAUUGAAAUUGUUUCAAAUUGAUUUAUUAUCAAAAUAUCAAAAUAGUCCCCAUCAUCAACAUCAACAUCAACAUCAUCAUCAAAGACAAUUCAGUGCCAGUAACCCACCCAGUAGUAACAACAACAACAAUACAAGUAUGGUACUCCCCACUGAAGAUUAUGAAUUCUUACAAGAUACAAGAUACAUUCAAAGCAUUCCUCGAUUUGAAAACCCAAGACAUUUACGAAGAGUUUUCACCUCAUUAAGUGUGAUUUUAAACCCAGAGGCAUUUAAUCAAGAGGGUUAUAUCCCAUGGGAUGAUGCUAGUCGAAUACCAUUUUUACAACGAACUCUUCGAAAUAUGAGUUCAAGUAGUCCUAAUGAAAUGCUUAAUUCUAGUUCAAACUUAGUAUUAAUGCCCAUUUGGAGAUCCUAUAUGAAUUCCAUUAAUGCCAUCAAACAAGAAAAGUUUUCUAAUUGUAUUAUAUCCAUCCUUUUGUUUGAAACUUGUGUUAUUUGUGGAACUCAAUUUGGAAACCUAUUGUAUUAUGAUAUUACGAAACCAAAUACAGUCACUUCAAAUAAUAUUGGUAAUAAUAUGUAUAAAAGUAUCAAAAUAUCAUCAUUCCCCAUUAUUAAUCUUGUCAAACUUAAUUAUAAUCAUUUCUUAUUCACUGAUUCAUUAUGUAAAGUUGGAAUCAUUCGAAUCAAUGUUAGUAUUGAUGGGUUUAAAAUUAUAAAGUUUUAUGAUAACUUGAAAUUAGGUCCUAUGCUAAAAUUCGAAUGUAUAUUACCUCAAGCUAUGAAUAUGACGGCUCCUCAUUUGAAUUUCGUUAGUCCUAUAUAUUUGAUAACUUCAACAUUAGAGAAUUCGAUAAUAAUUCAUAAACUUUAUGCUAAUAAUUCGUGGGAGUUGGUACUUGAUUUCCAAUUAGAUUCAAUUAUAUCCAAUUUUUGUAUAUUGAAUAAUAAUUACAAAUCAAUACAAGCUUUAUUUGGUCAUAAGGAUAAUGAUGGCAAUAUAAAUGACCAUAAGGAGGGUAGUGAAUUAGAAAGAUUACAAACUAAUGAUAGCGUUCAUGAUAAUGGUAAUAACAAUAAAGAUAAUAAUAGUGAUAAUGAUGAAACUAAUGUUAAUGAUAAUGACGAUGAUACUAAUAAUAAUUACGACAGCGAUAAGCUUGAAAAUGCCAAUAAGAAGGUUAAAUAUGUUUAA